AUUUUGUGUCUAGAGUUCUCAUAUGUUUUAUUAGACAGCAGUUCAAUUAAGGAAAAAACAUAUGAAUAUCUUUGAUCUACACCUCUGGAGUCGCAUGCUCUGCUGUAGUGAUUGAAGACUGAUCUUCUUGUUCGUCUCUGGAUGUUUUGAGUAAUAAAAUCUUUGGCAAUCUUAAAGGGAUAAAGUUUUCCCUAAUGAUGUACAAUAAAACUCGUUCCUCUUUGUACUUGUUACCUUUUGGGUCAUGCAGCGUAGCUGUUGAGACCUUGAAAGUAUGUGAUUUAAGAUUAAUUGUUACUGUUGCCCACAUUUGCAACCAUGCCUAAUCAUGGCGUUCACCUUUUCUCAUGCCAUAUAGGACUUCAGGACUGGAUCCAAAGGGUGCUGAUGUUGCAGGUCCUUUUGUAGGCUCCAGAUCCGUUGGACUGUGGUGGAUUCAGAUGAUGAUGAUGAUGCCUCUUAAUUGGGGUCUUUGGAAGCCUUAGCAAUCAUCAAAUUCGUCUACAAAUGUUCCUUCUUGUAGUGGUGGAAGAACAGGUGAGACUACUUUUGAGAACUGUCUCUCACCAAAAAACAUGGCAAGUAUAUAAUCCAUGGCCGAGACAGUCAGGGAAGUCCCUCUACAUGUGCCUGAUGAAUUAAAUUUCCAGCUAAAUAUUUGAUGGAGUCAGUAUAUAUGUGUUUACUUUGAUGAACAAGAGUCAUUUCUGGUUAAACUGGUAGGUUAUUUAGUUAGUUUUCUGCAUCAAAGGAAAGGAAAUCAUUUGCAUAUAUGUAUCUGUGACGCAGAGUUUUCAUCAAGAACCGAUGGACUUAUUUUGUGUGAACCUAAUGGCAUUUGUUAUUUACUUGUUAACACAUGUAUGAUGGUAUCCUUGUGGGAUAAAUAAAGCUCUGAUAUUUUUAUUUCUUUUUGUAGAAUAUCAUGUUGCAGUCUGAUGAUGUGCUCUAGAGGUAGUAACCAGUCUUAUGUGAAUGCACUUUUGGACUGAUGCUACCUCCACUUGUUUAAGAACGUGUAAUUUUAUUAUAAAUAAAAAAUAAAUUUACUACAGAAUGUAUUGUCAUUGUUCCAAAUAAAUCUUCUGUGGUGUAACCAAAUGAUCAGCUGUUUGUUUCCUUAAAGAUGGGUCCUUUCUGUCUACUCUGUUCCAGUUUGAUUAGCUUGAGUUUGCAGGUUUCAUGGCUUCUUGGAGCAGAGGAAAGACAUUUUCAGGGAACAUUCUUGGUCCAGAUGUUGGGUUCUUGGUUCUUGAAGCUCUUAAACUUUGUAACUAACAUGUAUUAUUUGUUUAGAAACAUGCAUGAUUUGGGCAAUUCAAGAGGACUUUUUGAAGACAAAAUGUCUUGUGGAUUGUGUCAAAUCUCAAAAAGUGGUAGUACUUAAAUCCGUUAAAGAGGCAGACAGUAGUCAUCGUCAACCUCCAAACCCUUCUCGAAGCAGACAAAAACCAUUUAGGUAAUUAAAGUAAUGCAUUCACAAAGUGCUUUAUGUCUUUCACAUAGUAUAUUACUAUAUAAUAGGACCUAUAUAAUAAUACAAUUAGAAACUAGCUUAACCGUGGUGGUCGGUAAGUUUUGGAGAUUGGUCAAGAGGAGACGGGUGGAGAGACAAGAAGUAGUAAAUCACUCGUUUUUCACCGAGGUUUAAAUGUCCUUUUCCUUUUGUUUUUAUUCUCUCCUCUUUGACUCACCUUUGGUUUUCCCAUGAGCUUUUCCAGCACGUUCAUCUGGAUUGAUAAAUAAAUAAAUAAACACUUUCUUUAUUCUGUGUUUUUUCUUGGUUUGGAAUUUUCAAAUAUUUAUGCGUGAACUUUUCACAUAUUAUAUAGUGACUACUACUUACUUAGAGUCCUUAUACGUUGAAUAAUCGUUAAGCCUUGUGAGUAUUUGACCGUUUUUUUGUGACACAAUGAGCUCAGUUCAUGCUGUUUCAGUCCUUCUCUUGUUUCUGCUCUUGCAUCUUUCUAAUUCUCGCCACCUCGACAACGUUCACAUCACAGAUUCUCAGAUUUCGCUUGACAAGGAUCAAAAUGUUGUCCCCGGUUUGACAUCUAAAGAACCGGUUAGAGUAUCUCGGUUUGUGCCGGGCGUAAAGAAGAACCGCCAUCACCGCCCGCCGCUCUUAUUUGCAGAUUACCCGAAGCCUUCCACUCGGCCUCCACGCCAUAACUGAAACCUCUCUCUUUUGUUUUUUCAACUUUAUAAUUUUUUUUGUACGUGAGAGAGUAAAUAGGUUCGGUUCUUAACAAUUUUCUUAAUAUGUUUUCAGUGUGGAAUAUGUUUUUUGAAGUAUAGGUUCAUGUUUUCACAGCUGACAAAAAAUCUAUCUAUUUUCAGUAAGUUUCCCAAAAGAGACGCAUCUAUUUAGCUACGUCACAAAUUUGACGAUCUGGUCCAUUUAAUGUCCAACCAAUAUUGGUCCAUUUACAAUCUCUUUAUCAGUUUUGUUUCCAGUAUUCAGAUUAUAUUUAUCAAUAUCAUGAUUGUCCACAACAUGGAUGAUAUAUCAGAUAGUUACUAAUCUUUUUCUAUGAAUAUAUAUCCUAUAAAAAGUCAUAAAUAGCCAAACACAAGAAUAGUUUAACUAAGUCGAACAAUUACGAUCUAACAUUUAAUUAUAUAUCAUGUCAAGAAACAAAACAAUCCAAAUCCAACAAAAAAAAUUGGAAUAACAAACAAGAUUGACACAACAAAAUUAUUAUAUUGCUUGGAUCUUGAUAAAUGGAUCUAGCCUAAUGAAGGUAACUUAAAUACAGUUAUGAUGCAUCACAUAUCAAAGUGGUAGAUACUCAAGAAUGAGGUGGAUCGAGCCAACCAGUAAUGGUACAUUUCUAGAUGGU